ACAUCUCAUUACCCUGUACAGAAUCCUUGACGCUGCUUUGUGUGCUUUUGUUUUUUUUGGACAGCAUGGAGCGAGAAAUCGAAUUGGCGGACUUUGAUCCUACUAGCCCUACCAGCCAAACCGCGCUAACGCCGGAAAAGUCUAAUGAAGCUGUCGAGACCGAGCAAAUCGAAGAGCAACUGGAACGGCAGAUAACAGGUGCGAGCGACGGAAAACGGAGAAGUAGAUGGCGCCUUUCUGCUAUCGUGCUUGCGCUUUUUCUUUCUCUCUUCGUCGCCGCUCUCGACGCCACCAUUGUAGCAACCGCUGCCCCCACUAUCUCGGCCGAUCUGGCUUCGGCAGCCGGCUACACUUGGAUCGGCGCCGCUUAUCUCCUUGCCAAUGCGGCGGCGGGUCCUAUUUGGGCCAAACUCUCCGACAUCUGGGGGAGGAAAUUGAUCAUCCUCCUAGCCCUAGCAUGCUUCUUUGCGAGCAGCGCUGUUUGUGCUACGGCGAAGACAAUGGAGGUGCUAAUUAUCGGGAGGAGUUUUCAGGGCACCGCGGGUGGAGGGCUGAUUCUGCUGGUGCAUGUGUGUAUUAGUGAUCUGUUCAGCUUGAGGCAGCGCAGUCUUCUCAUGGGUCUCACAGAAGGCAUCUGGGCUAUCGCCGGCGGCAUCGGUCCCAUCCUAGGUGGCGUAUUCGCAUCUCUCGUUUCCUGGCGCUGGUGCUUCUACAUCAAUCUUCCCAUCAGCGGUAUCGCCGCCAUCCUCAUCCUCUUCUUCCUCGACAUCCAGCAUGAGCACACUUCUUUCCUGUCUGGCGUCCGUGCCAUCGACUGGACCGGGAUCUUCAGCUUCCUGGGCUUCACCCUCAUGGUACUGCUUGGGCUCGAUUUCGGUGGCGCCAUCUUCCCCUGGGACUCUGCCAAAGUUAUCGCGCUCCUCGUUGUAGGCGGCGUGAUGAUCUUCGUGUUCGUGUACAGCGAGGCACGGGUCGCGAAAUACCCGCUCAUACCGCUGAAUCUGUUCAGAAAGAGGACGAAUGUCGCCGCGCUGUGUGUCGCGUUCUUCCAUGGAUUCGUUUUCAUCUCGGCGGAGUACUACAUGCCUCUUUUCUUGCAAUCCGUCCUCUCCGCUACGCCUCUAAAAUCCGGCCUAUUUCUCCUUCCCUUCAUCGUCACGGGCGCGAUAGCAGGGGUAUUCGGCGGCAUAAUAAUCCACCGCACCGGGCAUUUCCGACCACUCAUGUGGAUUGGCACAUUCCUCCUCUGUACUGGCUUCGGCCUCUUUAUCGCGUUCAAUGCGCAUACGACUGUCGCGCAAGCCGUCGGCUUUCAAAUGGUCGCAGGCUUAGGAAGUGGCAUCUUGUUCGAGCCUCCACUCAUCGCCGUCCAGAGUCAGGUGAAGCAAGAGGACGUAGCGACCGCCACCUCGACACUAUCAUUCGUCCGAAACAUGGCUCUCACCAUAUCCGUCGUUAUCGGAGGCUCGAUCUUCCAGAACUCGAUGAAUGGCCGUGCUUCUUUCCUACGCGCAGCCGGCUUGCCGCAACACCUCCUGGACGAGCUCUCCGGCGAGAGUGCGAUGGCGAACGUCAUGCUACCGAGUAGACUGGACAAUCCGGUCUGGAAAUUAGCGGCAAAGAAGGCCUUUUCUUACGCAAUGCGGAAUAUGUGGAUUACGUAUACGGUGGUAGCAUUUCUGGGGGUAGUGGCGAGUAUCUUUAUCGAGAAGGCGCAUCUUGGGACCGAGCACACGGAAACUGUCACUGGACUAAAGAAGGAGAAGAAGACUACCGAGGCGGGCAAUGCUCCUUGACGUAAUUCUACCUCUGCACACGAAGAAACGAUGACGGCAGCACAUUAUUGAACGAAAAAGAUGAAGCAUAGACAAGUCAGGAAAUAUGUAGAUCAUCCAAGCAAAAGAAUUGAAAUACGUAUCU